UCACAAGUCCCGUUGUGGAACCAAACCAGGAAGCGAAUGGCGGAAAUAUAGAUCCACCUCACGCUUAGGGAGCCGUUUUAUGUCCCAUAUUUGGACGGACUUGUUUUUCCUGAAUGGACAGGUCAGCCCAGCAGGCAGUCCAUGCGUUCGUAAAGAAACGGUGAGCAGGUUGAUGAGACGAUGGCUUUAGCCUCCUGCCAGACGCGGUAAAGUGGACAGACGACCCAGCGGCCAAUGAUCCAGUCACUGACAGCUGUCAGAUCCAACUGACGUAUGGCCCUGCUCCUCAGCUAGGUGACGGAGACAACAACGUAAGAGUCAUGUUCCUGAAAACAUCGUUCACCACCCUGAUCGUAGGGGUUUUUGUGGUGUACGUACUCCACACCUGCUGGGUGAUGUACGGGAUUGUGUACACCAAACCCUGUGACAACCCCAAAGGUGACAACUGCAUCACACCCUUCUUGGCAGGCAAUCCAAAACUACAGCUGAGUAUCUAUACUGCGCUGCGGCCCAGUGCAGAGGGAGGACAUACCCUGAUUCACAAAGAGGAAAUCUUUGAUGUCAACAGCAAGUUUGAGAGGAUAGUGAAUGUCUCUCUCCCUAAAAAGACCCGCAACAAUGGAACUUUAUAUGCACUAAUAUUUGUCCAUCAAGCUGGUGUCACGCCAUGGCAGGAUCCACGACAGGUCCACUUGGUUGCUCAUCUUACCACUUAUAUGGUCCCCAAGCCACCGGAAAUCUCUCUGAUAUCUGGAGAGGAUCAAACACAGAGCCAGAGCGGAGACGCCCAGCAGAAGAAACAGCAGGAUGGGAAAUCUGGGGCAGGUGGUGGAGCUGGAAGCGGAGCCACUUCCACAUCUGAUCGCCCGGUUUCCCACUGGCGGUCCCGUCUGACACUUAACAUUGUCGGUGACCACUUCCUGUUUGACAGAGAAUACCUGCCGAGUGAUGUCCACAGAUACCUCAGAGUAUUCCAAAAUGGUAAGAAGAUGGUGUAUCUACCUCUGCUGUUUGUUGAUGAGCUCAGCAACCGGGUCAAGGACCUUGUGGAGAUCAACAGUACAUCUGUGGAGCUGCCUCUGACCAUAUCUUAUGACUCCAUCUCUCUUGGGAGGUUGAGAUUCUGGAUUCACAUGCAAGAUGCGGUUUUCUCUCUGCAACAAUUUGGCUUCACAGAAAAAGAUGCCGAUGAGAUCAAAGGGAUCUUUGUCGAUACCAACCUGUACUUCCUGGCACUGACCUUCUUUGUAGCUGCCUUCCAUCUCCUCUUUGACUUCUUGGCCUUCAAAAACGACAUUAGCUUCUGGAAGCAGAAAAAAAGCAUGGUGGGAAUGUCCAGCAAAGCAGUGCUCUGGAGAUGUUUCAGCACGAUAGUGAUUUUCCUGUAUUUGUUUGACGAACAGACCAGUCUGCUUGUCCUCAUACCUGCUGGAAUUGGUUCUAUAAUUGAAAUAUGGAAAGUGAAGAAGGCCCUUAAGAUUCAGGUUUUCUGGAAAGGAGGCAAACCAACAUUCCUGUUUGGUAAAUUAGAUGAAUCCGAGAGGAGAACAGAGGAAUAUGACACUCUGGCCAUGAAGUAUCUGUCCUACCUUCUUUAUCCGCUGUGCAUCGGAGGUGCUGUUUAUGCUCUAAUAUUCCUACGGUAUAAGAGUUGGUACUCGUGGUUGAUCAACAGUUUGGUGAAUGGUGUUUAUGCCUUUGGUUUCCUCUUCAUGCUUCCUCAGCUGUUUGUCAACUAUAAGCUGAAAUCUGUGGCCCACCUGCCCUGGAAAGCCUUUAUGUACAAGGCAUUCAAUACCUUCAUCGAUGAUGUGUUUGCCUUCAUCAUCACCAUGCCGACAUCUCACAGACUGGCCUGUUUCAGGGAUGAUGUCGUGUUUCUCAUUUACCUCUACCAGAGAUGGCUCUACCCAGUGGACAAAAGAAGAGUAAAUGAAUAUGGAGUGUCUUAUGAUGACACACCCAAAGGGAAACCCCAUAAGGAAUAGAGAAACAGUGCUUAUCUCCAGGUUUUGUCUCCUGUCUAAUGGUCUUCACUUCUCUCAUCUGGUAUUAACUGAGCUGGUUCCGUGGUUCAGGAUCUAAUGAAUUCUGUUUCAGUUACUUCAUAAUUGAGCUGGUGCAUCAACAUGAUUUUUUUUGUAUGGACCCAGAGUGCAAAGUCAACAUCUGCCUAUCACUGCAGUGUGGACAUUUUUAUGGUGUGAUAUGGGUGGAACGGGAUCAAUAAGCUCAAUGUGGCUUCACAAACUGACACAGCGACCUGGUAAAUGUGCUUAGGGUUAGUGUUAAUGGACGCAGCCCAGCACUACAUACUGUAGGUCUAGAACAUAUCAGACUCUGCUUGAUUUUGGUAUUCAAAAAGUGAUGACUGUAAUAGAGUAAUCCAACGUUAAGGCUUCUGCUCUUACUUUCCAUCAUACAUCAUGUCUGUCAUUUCAUCUCAACAUGUGUGUGUGAAACAGCAAGAAAUAUUGAAUCCUAAGCCAAUAAUAUUGGACAUGCAUCUGCAGUUUUAUUAUUUAAAUAUUAGAUAAUCUGCUGACCCAUUUUAAUAGAUAUCACACUUAUACAGAGAAUAUGUUUGCCUAAAAAGACCACUUGAAAUGAUAAACACAAACAAUUAUAAAUUGAUUAUAGAUUGAUUAUAAAACAUCUAACAUUUUCAUUAAUAUACUUGCUAAAGUAAAUGUAAAUUCAGGGUACUAAUUUGUUGCUAUGGUGACAAGGAUGACUUUCCUCAACAGUCCAGAAUCUUGAUCUGAGACAAUUUUUUAGGGAGACUGGGAUGGAUGAACAUUCCAAAAUUUGUCCACACGUUUUUAAUGAGAAGAGAUUAGAACUACUGAGAAGCCAUACUGUCGUUUUCAUACAUU